CAACAGUGUCAUAACGUUUUGAACCCGUAGGGAUUCGAUGGAAACGGAUCAUUUCAGUUUGAGGAGGAAGCCUGUGAUCACACACUGUUGGCACAGAUCAGUUAUAUUUCAGCACCGCGGAGAGCGUCCGUGUGUCACCCUCAUAACCAUCACGUGAUGACCUCACUACUCCUCACAGUCAUCACACAGUCAACACUACCAAGUCACGUGGUGGGCAUUAUUCUUUAGUGAGUUGAUUCAGUGAAAACAGAAACAGAGCCUGACUCCUGCGAAGUGCCGCGCUCCUGCGUCCUGACCGCGCUGCGCUCCAGGCUCAGUUUUGUGCCACAUCCCAUCGACGCUCAGAUCCGAGGCUGCUGCCCUGAAGAGAGCAGCCUGUCCGCGGCAGGAAGCGGCUCCACCACAGCGGAAGCGACCGCGUUCAGCCUUUCGGGAUCGUUUCCCUCCUGCCUUGAGUAGCCAGGUGUCAGGGGAGCAUGCGUUUGACGCGCAGGUGAAUUUUUAUUUUUGCCAGUUCAACUUCCAGCUGCGCAAACUUUUCAAUCCCGCCUGGGUUUGUUUUUUCUUCUCUGGCUUUCUUGUUUGGCUUCAGCUGAGGUUCACGAAGAUACAGUGAUUGAAAAUCUUGAGAAAUGUCUCGCAAGAAGGCUGCCAGGGGCAAAGCCGCGUCCAGCAGCCCGUCCACAGGCAGCCCCUCCGGGAGAGGCUCCGGGAAAGCAGCGCGGAGCAGCCCGGCCAUUGUUCAGAUGAACGGUGUGGUCCAUCCCAGCAGACCGUCCAUCAGCAACAGCAGCGAGUUUUAUGACAUCGCCUUCAAGGUGAUGCUGGUCGGAGACUCUGGCGUUGGGAAAACCUGUCUACUGGUCCGCUUCAAGGACGGAGCGUUCCUGGCGGGCAGCUUCAUCUCCACUGUGGGCAUUGACUUCAGGAAUAAAGUCCUGAACAUCGACGGAGUCAAGGUGAAGCUCCAGAUAUGGGACACCGCCGGACAGGAGCGCUUCCGCAGUGUCACUCAUGCCUACUACCGCGACGCCCACGCUCUCCUUCUGUUGUAUGACGUCACCAACAAGACAUCCUUCGACAACAUACAGGCGUGGCUGACCGAGAUCCAUGAAUACGCCCAACAGGAUGUGGUGCUCAUGCUGCUCGGAAACAAGGCGGAUGCCACUCACGACAGGGUGGUGAAGAGAGAAGAUGGAGAGCGGCUUGCUAAGGAGUUUGGAGUUCCCUACAUGGAGACCAGCGCCAGGUCGGGUCUCAACGUUGAGCUGGCUUUCACUGCUGUGGCUAGGGAGCUGAAGCACCGGUCCCUGAAGGAUCCCAGUGAGAAGUUUAAGCUGCAGGAGUACGUCAACAAGGAGAUGAAGGGCACUGGGUGCUGCAGAUCUUAAAGCCUGCUGCAGUCUGUGUGUGUGUGUG